AUGUCAGAUUCUGGAUGGGGAGCCCAUAUGGAUAACCUCACAGAACAGGGAUCGUGGAAUACAGAAGAGAAGAACCUUCAUAUCAACUGCAGGGAAAUGAAGGCCAUCUAUUUCGCCAUCCUGGAAUGGAAUCUUUACCAAUCAUCCGUUCUCAUAGCCACGGACAACACCACAUUAGUGGCCUAUGUUCAGAAGCAGGGAGGAACCAGCUCCAGCUCCCUGAUGACGGAGACUACACAAUUGUUUCCCUUGGCAGACUCCUUCAAUUGCCGGAUGGCAGCGAGACAUAUACCCGGGAAACUGAAUAACUGGCUGACAGCCUGGGGGGAAUAG